UAUUUAGAACAAAACGUUGCACAACAUCAUAGCAACAUAUUUACACUUAAAUCAACCUUACAGCCUUCGAUUUUUAAUCUAAAAUCUCAAUUAAACAAAUAAACAAUAGUGAUGAAGUUUUGAAUUAACAAACUAUUAUAUAAGAUGCCGCUGAAUCGUGAUAUUGAUGGUGAUGAUGAUUGCUUGCACUACUACGAUGAAGACAUCGGCAUAAGAUGUGGUUGCGGUUUGAUUGGGUUCAAGAAAAACCAAGUGUUUGAUUGCAGUUUCGAUAUCGAAAUAGAAGAAGAUGAUGAUGAAUUGUUUGAGAUAAAUCUGAAGAAGGAAGAACCAUUGGAUUCAAUAAAAGAAGAAGAAGAUUAUGAAAGCAGUACUGUGUUCUCUCUUGAUAUCCAAAACCAUAAGUUAUCUGAUUCUGAUGUUGUUUAUGUGGCAAUUGGAGAAAAUGGUUCAAGCAUGGAAGCACUUUCAUGGACCUUAAAGCACUUAGUGAACCCUAAUUCUACUAUUGUUUCUCUUAUACAUGUUUUUCCUCAAGUCAAGCGAAUUCCAACUCCAUUGGGAAAAAUUCCGAGGAGUCGUGUGAAUCAAGAACAUGUUAACAUCUACUUGACCCAAGUGAAAAGCAAGAGAAAAAAACUCAUUCAGAAGUUCAUUGACUUGUGUACUGAGUCAAAAGUUAAGGUGGAGAUUUUGCUUAUUGAGGGUGACAACGUUGGUGAAGCGGUUGUAGAGCUUGUUAAGAAUCUAAAUAUAAGAAAAUUGGUGAUUGGAACUGCACAAUCUAAUCUAAGAAAACAUGUGUCAAGAAAGCAAAAUUCUACUGCAGAGAUGGUGUUAAAAAGUGUAGAAGAAAGAUGUGAUGUUAAAAUCAUAUGUGAAGGAAGAGAGGUGAUUGAUGAGAUGAUUAAUGGGUGCAGUUCACAGCAUGAUGAAGUAGAUGGUUUUGUUCCAAUCAAACGUUUGAUGCCCAGUCCGUUUUGGUUAUUUAGGUCUAGAUGAAAGACCAUCAUCACAAGUCUAGUCAGCGACUAUAACUUAUACAAAUCAUAGAUAGUUUUUUUUCUUUUAAUUUCCAGGCUAGCGACCAAAUAGAUUUGCAUUAGGAUUAGCAAUAAUGUUCAUUCCAUGACACAAAUGGGACCAAAUAUAUACAUAUUCACGUUUUAUCUAUUCAAUUUUGCAAACUUAACAAAUCUCUACCUCUGUUGCUAAUUUGUCAUUUUUCAUUAGCCUUGUCUCAUCAUAUAUCUUGUACUAUAUGUUAAU